GGUACUUUGAGAUCUGACCCCGCCCACCGUGUACGUGGAGCAAAAAAAUAACUCAUAUUCUGGUCGUUUUCUCUUCUGACGUUAGUCGUGCAAGGAUUUUAAAGAAUUAAGCACCGACCGGUGGUAUAUUAUUUAAUAAACUAUAUGGGAAAGCUGAUAUUAUCUUUAGAAGUCGAGUUUUCGACAUUCGCUUGACAGCCAAUGAUAGCUCUCCAGCUAACGCGUUAACUAGCUAACCAAUGUCGCUAGCAAGCUAACUAGGUAACCCAUAAAAAAACUGGUACAUUGACCAACUGCAUAAGCUAGAAAUGUAAAUAACUUUUGAAAUGAAAACUAGGUAGCAAGCAUUAUCAUUGUCUUGCAUUUACGAACACCGACGGUGGUUGUGUGUGACAAUUAGCUAGCUAGCUGAUUAACUAAACCGAUGGCUCCAAUGGGAAUCCGUCUAUCGCCACUUGGAGUGGCCGUGUUUUGCUUAUUGGGACUUGGCGUGAUCUACCACCUAUAUGCCGGAGUUAUAUCCAGCCGCAUAGCUGCUUUCACGUCGAAGAGAACAGUGAACCUCCGCGACCUGCUCGCACUGUCAGUGGAGGCUGCUGUCCAGGGCGGUCGGGAGGUGAAGAGGGUCAGAGAAGAGAACACGUUAGAAGAGAAGACCAAGGGGAAAACGAAGGAAGGGGCGAGUGAAAAGCUCACUCAGGGGGACUUAAACUCGCACAGAAAGAUGUAUUAUCUUAUCAAGAAUACUUAUCCAUAUGUACAGGUAAAGAGGAAAUGAUAUUUAUGUUAUCAAGACAUGAGUAGUUGAAAUGUGUCUUCCCCAUUUAACCCAACCCAGAGAGGUGCCGGGGGGCUGCCUUAAUCGACAUCCACGUCAUCAGGCUCACACUUAGCUGUGUACCACAUUGUUGUUUAUUUAUAACCUUUACAGACAGACUUUACCUGUAAAAAAAGAAAACAUCUACCAAUGUUUUUUAGUGCCCAAUUCAUACAGACCAAAUUUCUUGCCGGGAUAAGCCUUUUAUAUCUCCCUUGCAUGUUUAGGAGCGGAGUAGACUUGGGCCGAUUUGAAUAGAUCCAUUGAAUAUACACCACCACAAAGUUCUCCAUUCUUAUUUUUUUUUUUUAGACAAGUCCUAAGGAACAUAAGAAUAAUACAAUUAAUUUGUUAAAUAAUAGUAUGGCAUAUUUUUAGUUUAAUUAUGUACUGGUCUGUGCAGCCUAUAUGCUAAAUCAAAUAAAAUGUUAUUGGUCCAUACAUAAAUUUAGCAGUUGUUAUUGCGGGUGUAGUGAAACGCUUGUUUUCCUAGCUCCAACAGUGCAGUAAUAUCUAACAAUACGCACGCAUCUAAAAGUAAAAUAAUGGAAUUAAGAAAUAUAGAAAUAUUAAGAUGAGCAAUGUCUGAUUCCGGAGUAUAAAUAUAUUUGUGACGGGAUGUAUACACAUUAUGGACAGUAUGUGGAUAGAAUAUGUAGUAUAUCGGAAGAAUACGUAGAAUAGUAUAUGUACAGCAAUAGCUGAAUAGGAUAGGCCUUGACUAGAAUACAGUAUAUACAUAUGAAAUGGGUAAAACCGUAUGUAAACAUAAGUGACCAGUGUUCCAUGUCUAUAGGGCAGCAGCCUCUAAGGUGAUGGGUUGAGUAACUGGGUGGUAGCCGGCUAGUGACAUUGACUAAGUUCAGGGCCGGGAACUGGGUGGAGGCCGGCUAGUGAUGGCUAUUUAACAGUCUGAUGACCUUGAGAUAGAAGCAAUUUUUCAGUCUCUCUGUCCCAACUUUGUUCUACAGCUAACUUUUCUACAGCCUAAUUGUAGCCUAACCAAUAUCCAAACGGAGAUUCAGUGAAAAUAAGUCUGACAUUGAUUGAUUUAUCAAGACAAGUCCCCACGCUUGUCUCAAAGCAGCGCGAAACGGUGUUGAAAUAGUUGUCCUAUUGCUUCAAAUGUAUUAUAACAAUUGGAUGACUUUGGGAGGCUCAGUAAGCAACAAUUUGAUACCUUCAAUGGUAUUAGCCUACUUUAUUCCAAUAUGUUCAUCAUUCAGUGAUAUUUAUUCCCACAGUAAUUCUUUAUGGAUACAUCCAGUUGUGGUUAAGAAAACAGUGCAUGUGGUGGUCUAUGUGAAGAGAUGGGUGAAGUGACAUGCCUCGUAAAGUUUAGAACUGGCAGGAGGAUUGUAGUAAGGGGCGCUGCCUAGCAACCAUCAAGAGCUUAAGAGCGUGGUGCGUGCCAAUGCCACCUUAGCAUUAAGGCUACAUUUCAUACUAAGCCUUAGGCAGAACUUUACCGCAAUCAUGAUUAGGUCGUUUGACGGAAAUAAAAUUAGAGGCUUUGUUGCCGACAAUACCUUUCAUGUAUAAAGAAAAGUCGUCAAAGAGUUGGCAGGAUGCUAAAGUUGGCGGGAAAACAUCUUGGUUUGAAAGCUGUAUUACUAACACAUACCAUGACUUAUUGUAGUUCCAUUGUCUACCGGUAAGUAAAUGGCAUGAGAUUAUGGUAUACUGCUAGCCUAUGCCCCAGAGAGUUUGCAAUGUAAUCAAAUGCACACCCUUAUUUGGCCCUGUAUUGUAGUGUCAAUCACUGUAAUAGGCAUUGGUCUCUUUUAUGUUGGCAUCAUUACUAACAUAACCAUGUGUUCAACAGAACAGCCUUAAUCUUCAUGGUAUUCAUAACAUGUGUUUUACACGCUGAUGUUUAAAAAUGUGUUCUGUCCCUUUGCAGGUGAACUCUGAAGAGCAUGAUGAGACCGACAAUGAGCUGGGGGUGUGGAACAGAGACAUCCCUGCUGACAUCCUAAAAAUCGUGGAGGUGGGCAGGGAGGUGCCCGCUGACAGCAUCACCAUCUGGAUAGACCCCCUGGAUGCCACUCAGGAGUAUACAGGUAUGGUAUCAUGUAGCAACCCACUAUGGUCAGUGUUCUGAAGGAUCAUGCCACCUCACCAAUUCCCUAAUUACCCUCUGGACACGCCCCCCUCUCCUGCCAACUCACCACACCUGAACUCGCUCUGAUAAUCAAGAUUCCACACCCUUCCUCACCUAUAUAAGCAGCUUGUUUUACCUCAUUGUUUGGUGGCAUGGGGCGGCCCAAGUCCUUAUUCCUUUUCCUUUGUUGUACGUGACCUGACUAAAAACCACAACAUCCUAGAACAACCUCCCUUCACAACCUCCUAUCAUAACUUGUAUCACAAACUUACCUACUGGCAUUACAAGCCAUCAAAUCUUCAUCCUGUGUCCUUGUGCUGUCCCUUUUAGUUAGUGAAUAAAUAACCAGAACUUGAAACCUUGUCUUCAACCAUCAUUCCUGCAUUGUUACAGAUGCACCAUAGUGGAAAUAUCACUCCUCAACCUAGCCUUAGAUGGUCCACCCUAGUCCUUUUUCUUUAGUCGGCCAAACACCUAAACCUGCGCUGAAACCACACAUGUAUACACUGGUUUGGCCAAUGCAGAACCUUCUCAAGGAUUCGAUUAUCUAUAUUAAUGUUCAGACUUAUACUAAGCUUUCCCUCUAGAUGCCAUGUCAAAAUGGAGCCCUACUCUAGAUGUUCCAAAGCAACAGGAGGCCAACAGAUGGGUUUACUUUCACCAGUCCCGUUAUACCAUGUCAAUGUUAGUGAUUGUCAAGAAAAGAAAUAGUGCCUUGACUUUUUCCACAUUUUGUUGUACAGCCUGAAUUUAAAAUGGAUUAAUUUGAGAUUUUGUGUCACUGAUCUACACACAAUACCCCAUAACGUCAAAGUGAAAUAAUGUUUUUAGAAAUGUUUACAAAUUAAUAAAAGAUGAAAAGCUGAAAUGUCUUGAGUCAAUACAGUGAGGGAAAAAUGUAUUUGAUCCCCUGCUGAUUUUGUACGUUUGCCAACUGACAAAGAAAUUAUCAGUCUAUAAUUUUAAUGGUAGGUUUAUUUGAACAGUGAGAGACAGAAUAACAACAAAAUAAUCCAGAAAAAUGCAUUUCAUUUUAAUGAGGGAAAUAAGUAUUUGACCCCCUCUCAAUCAGAAAGAUUUCUGGCUCCCAGGUGUCUUUUAUACAGGUAACGAGCUGAGAUUAGGAGCACACUCUUAAAAGGAGUGCUCCUAAUCUCAGCUUGUUAACUGUAUAAAAGACACCUGUCCACAGAAGCAAUCAAUCAAUCAGAUUCCAAACUCUCCACCAUGGCCAAGACCAAAGAGCUCUCCAAGGAUGUCAGGGACAAGAUUGUAGACCUACACAAGGCUGGAAUGGGCUACAAGACCAUCGCCAAGCAGCUUGGUGAGAAGGUGACAACAGUUGGUGCGAUUAUUCGCAAAUGGAAGAAACACAAAAUAACUGUCAAUCUCCCUCGGCCUGGGGCUCCAUGCAAGAUCUCACCUCGUGAAGUUGCAAUGAUCAUGAGAACGGUGAGGAAUCAGCCCAGAACUACACGGGAGGAUCUUGUCAAUGAUCUCAAGGCAGCUGGGACCAUAGUCACCAAGAAAACAAUUGGUAACACACUACGCCGUGAAGGACUGAAAUCCUGCAGCGCCCGCAAGGUCCCCUUGCUCAAGAAAGCACAUAUACAUGCCCGUCUGAAGUUUGCAAAUGAACAUCUGAAUGAUUCAUAGGAGAACUGGGUGAAAGUGUUGUGGUCAGAUGAGACCAAAAUUGAGCUCUUUGGCGUCAACUCAACUCACUGUGUUAGGAGGAGGAAUGCUGCCUAUGACCCCAAGAACACCAUCCCCACCGUCAAACAUGGAGGUGGAAACAUUAUGCUUUGGGGGUGUUUUUCUGCUAAGGGGACAGGACAACUUCACCGCAUCAAAGGGACGAUGGACGGGGCCAUGUACCGUCAAAUCUUGGGUGAGAACCUCCUUCCCUCAGCCAGGGCAUUGAAAAUGGGUCGUAGAUGGGUAUUCCAGCAUGACAAUGACCCAAAACACACGGCCAAGGCAACAAAGGAGUGGCUCAAGAAGAAGCACAUUAAGGUCUUGGAGUGGCCUAGCCAGUCUCCAGACCUUAAUCCCAUAGAAAAUCUGUGGAGGGAGCUGAAGGUUCGAGUUGCCAAAUGUCAGCCUCGAAACCUUAAUGACUUGGAGAAGAUCUGCAAAUAGGAGUAGGACAUAAUCCCUCCUGAGAUGUGUGCAAACCUGGUGGUCCUCUGUAGCUCAAUUGGUAGAGCAUGGCGCUUGUAAUGCCAGGGUAGUGGGUUCGAUCCCCGGGACCACCCAUACGUAAAAAUGUAUGCACACAUGACUGUAAGUCGCUUUGGAUAAAAGCGUCUGCUAAAUGGCUUAUUAUUAUUAUUAUUAUUAUUAUUAUUAUUAUUAUUAUAACUACAAGAAACGUCUGACCUCUGUGAUUGCCAACAAGGGUUUUGCCACCAAGUACUAAGUCAUGUUUUGCAGAGGGGUCAAAUACUUAUUUCCCUCAUUAAAAUGCAAAUCAAUUUAUAACAUUUUUGACAUGCGUUUUCCCUGAUUUUUUUGUUGUUGUUGUUAUUCUGUCUCUCACUGUUCAAAUAAACCUACCAUUAAAAUUAUAGAUUGAUCAUUUCUUUGUCAGUGGGCAAACGUAAAAAAUCAGCAGGGGAUCAAAUACUUUUUUCCCUCACUGUAAGUAUUCAACCCUUUUGUUAUGGCAAGCCUAAAUAAGUUCAGGAGUAUAAAUGUGCUUCACAAGUUGCAUGGACUCACUCUGUGCAAUAAUAGUGUUUACCAUGAUUUUUAAAUGACUACCCCAUCUCUGUACCCCACACAUACAAUUAUCUGUAAGGUCCUUCAGUCAAGCAGUGAAUUUCAAGCACAGGUUCAACCACAAAGUCCAGGGAGGUUUUCCUAUGGUUAGCAAAGAAGGGCACCUGUUGGUAGAUGGUUAAAAAAAAUAAAAGCAGACAUUGAAUAUCCCUUUGAGCAUGGUGCAGUUAUACAUUUUACACUUCGGAUGGUGUAUCAAUACACCGAGUUACUACAAAGAUAAAGGCACCCUUCCUAACUCAGUUGCCGGAGAGGACGGAAACCCCUCAUGGAUUUCACCAUGAGGCCAAUAGUGACUUUAAAACAGUUAGAGUUUAAUGGCUGGGAUAGGAGAAAACUGAGGAUGGAUCAACAACACUAACAUAAAUACACAAUACUAACAUAAAUGACAGAGUGAAAAGAAGGAAGCCGGUACAGAAUAAAAAUAUUCCAAAACAUACAUCCUGUUUGAAAUAAAGUAAUACUGUAAAAAUGUUUGGGGCAAAUCCAACACAACACAUCACUGAGUACCACUCUUCAUAUUUUCAAGCAUGGUGGUGGCUGCAUCAUGUUAUGGGUGUGCUUGUCAUCUGCAAGGACUAUGGAGUUUUUUAGGAUUAAAAUUAAUGGAAUAGCGCUAAGCACAGGCAAGGUCUUUGAAAACCUGGUUCUGUCUGCUUUCCAACAGACACUGAGAGACAAAUUCACCUUUCAGCAGGAUAAUAACCUAAAACACAAGGCCUAAUAUACACUGGAGUUUCUUACCAAAACAACAUUGAAUGUUCUUGAGUGGCUUAGUUACAGUUUUGACUUAAAUUGGCUUGAGUCACUCAUCACCUUCCGGAGACACUUGAAACCUCACCUCUUUAAGGAAUACCUGGGAUAGGAUAAAGUAAUCCUUCUACCCCCCCUUACCCCACCCCAAAGAGAAAAAAAAAAACAUAUUGUAAAGUGGUUAUCCCACUGGCUAUAAGGUGAAUGCACCAAUUUGUAAGUCGCUCUGGAUAAGAGCGUCUGCUAAAUGACGUAAAUUAAAAUCUAUGGCAAGACUUAAAUGGCUGUCUAGCAAUGAUCAACAACCAACUUGACAGAGCUUGACAAAUGUAAAAAAUAAUUGGCAAAUAUUGCACAAUCCAGGUGUGCAACGCUCUUAGAUUUACCCAUGAAAGACUCACUGCUAUAAUCACUGCCAAAGGUGAUUCUGACAUGUAUUGACUUGGGGGGUUGAAUACAUAUCUAAUCAAGAUAUAUUCGUUUUUUAUUUUCCAUUAAAAAAAAGAUAUAUAUUCUUCCACUUUGACAUUACAGCGUAUUUUGUGUAGAUCGUUGACAGAAAAUGACAAAUCCAUUUGAAUCCCACUUUGUAACACUACAAAAUGUGGAAAAAGUCAAGGGGUCAAGUACUUUCUGAAGGCACUGUACUAUAGGACAGAUAAGAUAUACUGUAGGACAAGAUGAAAAGAAGACCAGACUAUUUAGACCCAGCUUAAGUGUGAGCUCCACUGCUCUUUGUGUGGGUGAUUGAAAUGAGACUGUGGGGUGGUUACCUAUACUCAGCUACAUAGUAGUUUUCUUAGCAGUGUCCUGUUUCCUAAGCUGUAUCCUGUUUCGUUGAGCCCAUUGUUUUCUCUUUCUCCAAUUGACAGAGAACCUGCUCAAGUAUGUCACGACCAUGGUGUGCGUGGCCGUCGACGGGAAACCUGUCAUAGGCGUGAUCCACAAACCUUUCACAGGAUACACAGGUGUGUUUUUCACUGUCACAGAUUGUAUACAAGGUGACACUCCCCCCUCAAUGGUUUAAAGCAUGGAUUGUCGAGUAGACGAAAUGCUCACCAUAUUUUCUACACCAAUCUAAUGCUUUUAAAUCUGUUAGGGGAGUGAACGGGUGCAAGCUUUGGAGAAAAGAGUGAGAGACCAUAAUUGGGGCUCAGGACAGAGCAACACUGUUCAACUGUAUGAUAUACCAGUCAGUGGACUGUCACUCCUUUGAGAAAUCACCCAGGAGGGGAGCUCACAAUAAGGUGGCUUCAUUGGUGAUUGUGAAUGGCUGCAUUGUGUUCAUUGAAUGGCGAGACGGUGGAUGUGUGAACCCACUGUCAGGAGAGUGUGGGCUUGUGUUGACUUGCGGUGUCCAGUCCAGGCCCAAAUAAAAUUAUUUCAAUUAAUCUUUAUUGUCCCAGCCGACAUAACAGUCAUGGCCUAGCCUCUACCCACAUGCAUUCUAUAUUACAUAACUGAUCUAUAACCAGUCCUGUUGGACUUUUAGUUCUACACCAUCUCCAGCUAUUUAAAGCAUAUGUUCCUGUCCACAGCUUGGGCCUUGGUUGGUCACGGGUCUAACAUGAAGCCUCGCACCACCUACAACAUGAACCCCCCCAAUGUCAUCGUGUCCCGGUCGCACGCCGGGAAGGUGAAGGGUUUCAUCGAGGAGGCCUUCGGCAACACUACAGUUAUUCUCCCAGCAGGGGGUGCAGGUACGGCACUGUGUGUAAAGCGUUCACCAACAUUUCUUAAAAUGGUAGUAGUCUAUCGCCUAUGAUUGAAUGCAACCUAUGAUUAGUCAUUACUUACCAUUUUGAGAGGCAUACCUAUUUCUGCGGAUGUUAAUUUCAAGCAAUGUUCCCUCUAAGUUGUGCACGUGUGCGGCCGUGCACCUCCUCCAGGACUGCCACGCAGAAGAAAUGCCAGGCCGCGCAGAGACGCAAGAUAUUAAACUUCACUGAGUUCGCCCCAUUAGUUUGCACUAUAUAGAUCUACAAUUUUUCUGUGAUUGAAUCAGCAUUAAAUCAGCCCCUUUUCAAUGCAACAAACCAAAACAAAUCUAACUUCGCAGGAUUGAAUCUGUGAUUUUGUUAUAGGCAGAGUCAGAGCGCGAUGGAGUAGAAUUCUAUUGGCGGGGGUAGGCCACGGUUUUAAGUCUCAUGCAAUGUAGGCCUGCAUUGAACACCAGAUAUAGGGGUGGUUAUAUCAUAUACAUUUAAAAGCUAUUUCCAUGUGAAAAUGUUACAUUAUGCUCAAGUAGCCACAAUGGCCUAUUGGCUACUGUCUAAAACUGUAAGGGUACAGCCUCGGUGUUCACUGUAAAGCGCGCCGGAAGUUGCACAAAAUUCCUCUCACAAGACCUUAAAUUUGCUCAGUGCCCCAAAACAUUUGAGGGAACAUUGGUUUCAAGUGUACUGUAAUUUUGGAAUAACAUUACUUCAGGUAUGUAUACAGCUCCUUGUUACUAUGGUUUGCAGUUAUUGAUGUUGUAUUUUCCACUAAUCCCAGGCUAUAAGGUGCUGGCUCUGCUGGAUCCCCUUGAUGAGGACAUUGAGAAGGCUGACAUGUACAUCCACGUCACCUUCAUCAAGAAGUGGGACAUCUGCGCCGGCAAUGCUCUGCUCACGGCCCUGGGAGGUCACAUGACCACACUGAAGGGUGAGGAGAUAGACUACUCGGGGGCCGCGGGCAACACAGGGGGUCUGCUGGCCAGCGUCAAGGUGGACCACCAAGACCUGGUGGACAAACUGCCAGCAUGGAACUCUCCUGACAAACACUGAGAAACACACAUAUAUGCACAGGCACAUAGAUAUUUACACACACUCACUCCCAUAUGUGCAUGCACACACACGGAUGAUCAAAGACUAAUGGACAAGAUGACCAUAAGCCUUGAAGACCCAACUAACACAGACGAAAGGACAACACAAUCUGGGACGACAAUAAUGCAAUAUACAAAGCCCGCCAGUCUCCUUCAAACUCCUUUCACCCAUUUUUGAAUAAUCUUUGUAGAAAGAUCGAGAAUUCAGUGGUACUCCAAUGAUUUAAGGACUGAACUAUUAUAGAAAAUGCUAAUAAGUUGGAUAAGGAAAAGCAAUGUGUCCAACUACAGUGUAUUGCUAAGAGAUGAGUGCCUUUGAUUAGCAUGGAACCUUAGUCAAUGCCUAGUGCUGAAACGGACAAAUGUGUAGUAGCGCUCUGUAGUUGUAGUUAUUUUUGAUACCUGUAGGAUAUGAUUGUUGGUGAAGGUACAGGGAUGAAUCUACAGGAUUUUACUUCCUGUAUUUAAUGUAACAUAGAAACCAUUUUCAUUGUAGCAAAAUAACCUUCAUCCUGCGAAAACGAUUAUUCUGAUAGUUGCACUCUCCUACAUAAAUUACAAUAGACAGGUUAACCAUUUGAGGGGAUACAUUGUUUAACUAUAGCUUAAAACCUUACAUGAUAGGGGCGGGGGUUUGGCUGCUGCAAUGUGAAUCGAAUUUGAAGGUCGGAAUUGUAGUUUGAGUGGAUCUUUUUUUU